CAACUACUAUGGCUCAUGGAAAUGACUGAUCGAACCUUCCCCCACGUGACCAACACGUGAGUGGCAUCGAAUGAUUUUCUCCCAAUUAAGGUAAGCGUUGGUUGCGCCAUCCUCUUCAAAUUCGAUUGCUCCAAGCCCGGUCACAUGAUUAUUAGCCGUGCGCCUAAGGGCGUUUAAGCAUGACCGACAUAUAUCCUACAUGAAGAGGAUGCACUAUCCCUAUUCUGGAUAGAUAUGUCAGCAUUUUGGGUAUAGUCGCUCUUGGACCGAGACUGCAUCCGUGGGGGAUUUUCGCCAAUUUUUCCUACUUUUCGCAACUUUUCAUCCUUUCAGUGGACUUGACCUUUUGUCGCACUUGUUGUUUGUUUCUCAUUCCUUUAGUAUAUAAUUUUCUGCCUUUACGUCAUAACAUGGCAGUGGAAACUGCGACCCGGAAAUGUAUUGGGGUGGAUUGCGACAAGAUCGCGGGAACUUUACAGUGUCCGACAUGCCUUAAACAGGGCACGGAUAGCUUUUUCUGUUCACAGGAAUGUUUCAAACGGAGUUGGAGCGAGCACAAGGGCAUUCAUAAAGCAAAGAGUAAUAUCCUCACCAGCCUGUUUCCGCCAAAAGUAGUUUCUGAACCAGAUCCAGCCACCGGCCUAUUCAACCCUUUCCCGGCCUACCAGUUUACCGGUUCUUUGAAACCCGUCUAUCCGCUGUCACCCCGGAGAACAAUUCCCAAAUCGAUCCCUCAUCCCGAUUAUGCCAAAGACGGCAUUCCUCGAUCAGAGCAGAAGUUCAUUGGCCGACAUAACAUUACCAUCCUGAACAAGGAACAACAAGAGGGUAUGAGGAAAGUUUGCCGCCUGGCCCGUGAGGUGUUGGAUAUUGCCGCACGGGAGCUGAAGCCUGGUAUUACAACCGAUUACCUUGAUGAGGUGGUUCACAAGGCCUGUAUAGAACGCGAUUCCUACCCAUCGCCGCUGAACUAUAUGCACUUCCCCAAGUCCGUUUGCACGUCGAUUAACGAGACCAUCUGUCACGGUAUCCCCGACCAGCGCCCGCUUGAAGACGGUGACAUCAUCAACAUUGAUGUGACACUGUAUCAUAAUGGCUUCCAUGGUGAUCUUAACGAAACCUACUAUGUCGGAGAAAAAGCUCGGUCAAAUCCAGAUGCCGUCCGAGUCGUGGAGACGUCUCGGGAGUGUUUGGAAAAGUCCAUUGAGCUGGUGAAGCCCGGCAUGCUGUUCAGAGACCCAGGAAAUGUCAUUGAAAAGCACGCAAAGAGUCGGAACUGCAGUGUGGUCAAGAGCUACUGCGGUCAUGGCAUCAACCAGCUGUUUCACUGUGCUCCUAAUGUUCCUCACUAUGCUAAGAACAAGGCGGUGGGGACUGCAAAGCCUGGAAUGUGCUUUACAAUUGAGCCCAUGAUUAACAUCGGUACCCACAGGGACCGCACAUGGCCUGAUGACUGGACUAGCACCACCGCCGAUGGAUCUUUGUCUGCCCAAUUCGAGCACACUCUGCUGGUGACAGAAGACGGUGUUGAGGUAUUGACGGCUCGCCUACCAGAUUCUCCGGGUGGACCUAUCCCUAUGCCAACAGCUGAAGCUAAAACCGAGGCAUGAACUAAAAUGUUAGAAAGGUCUAUUAGAGUGAAGAUGAUUAGAGAAUACGACCAAAACUAUAUAAUGUCGUAAUAUCUAACU